AUGUCAGAAGAUGGACUUCAAGGUUAUCCAAGUGCAUAUGCAGCCCUCAGCGGGUCCAGAUACAUACCUUUAGGACCUUCUGCAGCGUUGGAUUCGGUGUUCAGACCAGCCACGGCACCCUUUUAUCAGCCAUAUGUACCAUGGAUGGCAAGACCGUACACAUUGGAAGAUUUCAGGAAUGCGGCCUCGGCUCCGUUAGGAAAACAUAGACGUAACAGGACGGCCUUUUCGCAGCAACAAUUAGCAGCUCUGGAGCAGACCUUCGCUAAGACUCAGUAUCCGGACUUGGAGAAUAGAGAGAGCCUCUCACGGAAGACAGGACUACCCGAACCUAAAAUACAGGUUUGGUUCAAAAAUAGGCGAGCUAAGCAACGAAAGCUGCAGAAAGGCAAUGACAAAAACUUUUCAGUUCAAGACAAGUGCAAGGACGUUAUAAGUUCCACGACCACGUCCCCUCAACGGUCUCUAAUCGAAAAGGAUAUGGGAAACAAGUCGACCAAUAUCCAAAACAGAUUAGACGGCGAUCCUAGUCAUAACAUUUCAAAUGCAAGGUUAAUGGAGUGUUCUUCAUCUCAAGUCAAAGAGAGUCUUGACAUUAAGAUCGAAGAACUAUCUCAGCCUAACCGAUUCCAAGAAAGACGACGAAUACACUGGUUUGAUUCUAGUUUCAACCGGAUUCCUGCUGAAGACGUUUUGACCAGAAACUCGAUUCCGAGUUCAUCCGAAACAACAUACGAAAAUGCUUCUGUGGAAAGCACGAACUUCAAGGCGAAACUGACCAAUGGAAACUCAAGUUUUCCAGUGUCUCCUAAACCCCAAAAUAACGAUUAUGAAGAUCUCUCCUCCGAAAUCCCUCAGCCAUCUGACACCGUCAAACACCACCCUCUCAGCUUUUGGGCAGGGAAGUUACCCACAUACAUCAGCCCGCCUUCAACUGACCCCCAAUGCCGCUUUCUACCCAUGGUUUCAUCAUUUCUUUACCCUCACAUACCUGGCAAUUGGCCGUACGCAUAUUAUGGAAGUUCCACAAGCACUAGCGAAGUACCGUACGAUGAUAAACCACAGUGUGUAACAUUGACCAGGACUGGCACUACCGAUCCUCGCUACAAUGAAAGCGAAUCUUAA